GGUAGCAGUGGCAACGGCAGCAGAAGGACCGGCCGCCCCAUAGACCCCCGCCCCCCCCUCCGCGCACCACCCCCGCUGCUUCCUCUGCUUGGGUGCUCCUCGGACCUGACUUCCCCUUUCUCCCACUUUUCCCGGCACCGCGGGAAAAGCAUCGCAGGGCAGAGCAGGCAGGGAGGGCGGCCGGAGCCCGGACACGGGAGCCUCCCAGUCAGUUCAAGACCCGACAUGAGGGAAAAGGGCCGUAGGAAGAAGGGCAGGACCUGGGCGGAGGCCGCCAAGACGGUCUUAGAAAAAUACCCCAAUACACCCAUGAGUCAUAAAGAAAUUCUUCAAGUUAUCCAGAGAGAAGGACUAAAAGAAAUCAGAAGUGGGACUUCCCCUCUUGCAUGCCUGAAUGCAAUGUUGCACACAAACUCCCGAGGUGAAGAGGGCAUCUUCUAUAAGGUUCCAGGUAGAAUGGGCGUAUAUACUUUGAAGAAAGAUGUGCCGGAUGGGGUGAAAGAGCUAUCAGAAGGUUCAGAAGAAAGCAGUGAUGGUCAGUCAGAUUCCCAGAGUUCUGAGAACAGCAGCAGCAGCAGUGAUGGUGGCAGCAACAAGGAGGGAAAAAAGAGCAGGUGGAAAAGGAAAGUAUCGUCUAGACUGUCACAGCCAUCUUCUCCUCAGUCAGGCUGCCCAUCACCUACCAUUCCAGCAGGUAAAGUCAUUUCUCCGUCACAGAAGCACAGCAAGAAGGCACUAAAACAGGCUCUAAAACAGCAACAGCAGAAGAAGCAGCAGCAGCAGCAGCAGCAGCAGCAGCAGCAAUGCAGGCCAAGCAUGUCCAUCUCCUGCACACAGCCUCUCUCCCUGAAGACCGUCAAAGCAGCCAGUGACUCUGUAUCCGCCAGACCUGCAAUAUGGGAAGGAAAGCCAUCUGAUGGGCAAUCAGGCAGCCCUCAGAACUCAAACUCCAGCUUUUCCUGUUCAGUUCAAGUGGAAAAUCCCUUGCUAGGCUUGGGGAAGAAGUCAUUCCAGAGGUCUGACAGGCUCCACACAAGGCAAAUGAAAAGGACUAAAUGUGCUGACAUUGAUGUUGAGACGCCAGACUCCAUUCUGGUUAACACAAAUCUGCGGGCUCUGAUCAACAAGCACACCUUCUCAGUCCUUCCCGGGGACUGCCAGCAGCGACUGCUCUUGCUCCUCCCGGAGGUGGAUCGCCAGGUUGGUCCAGACGGUCUGAUGAAGUUAAAUGGCUCAGCCCUUAACAAUGAGUUCUUCACUUCAGCAGCUCAGGGCUGGAAGGAACGACUCUCAGAAGGUGAAUUUACACCUGAGAUGCAGGUGAGAAUUCGACAAGAGAUUGAGAAGGAGAAAAGAGUAGAGCCAUGGAAAGAACAAUUCUUUGAAAGCUACUAUGGUCAGAGUUCUGGCCUGAGCCUUGAGGAUUCAAAGAAAUUGACAGCCUCACCCUGUGAUCUCAAAGUAAAGAAACCCCCAGCUGAGCAACCAAAACCCAUGCUUCCUUUAGAAACCUCACCUGCCAGUGCAGUCCCAGUGAUUCCCCAGUUAGAGCAUAAAGAAGAAGUGGCACAAACGCCAUCGCCAGUAAGGAAGGAAGAGUACGAAAACCAAGAUCCGGUGCUGCCAAACUCCAAGCCCACAGAGUCCCUCCUGUCCCCAGCAAGCAAUAGCCAGGAGCUUGGCAGCACUCUUCCUAUCAAGUGCCCAAAGGAUGAUGAGCUCUUGGAGCAGAAGCCCGUUGCCUCUGUUGAACAGGAGUCUGAGAAAGAGAAUCAUCUCACUACAGUUUCUAAUUACAACAAAGAUGAAAGCCAAGGAGCUUUAGUUACGUCCCCAAACAAACCCAAGAGUCCUGGGGUGGAUAAGCCAGGAAUGAAGCCCGUAGUGGAAACCAGUCCACAGGAGACCGCUGUGAAAGAGCCUCCAUCAGCUGUGGCUGAUCACAGCCCCGAGAGCCUCAAGAGGAAGUCUUGUCUCCUCCAAGAAGAGGCCUCUAUGAGCUGGGAGAAGAGGCCACGUGUCACUGAGAAUCGCCAGCACCAGCAGCCAUUUCAAGUCUCGCCACAGCCCUUUCUCAGUAGAGCAGACAGGAUCCAGGUGCGAAAAGUACCGCCUCUCAAGAUCCCUGUCUCCAGAAUCUCCCCCAUGCCUUUUCCUACAUCGCAGGUCUCUCCCAGGGCUCGUUUUCCAGUCUCCAUCGCUAGUCCUAACAGGACAGGAGCCAGAACUCUUGCAGACAUCAAAGCAAAAGCCCAGCUGGUCAAAGCACAGAGGGCAGCUGCUGCUGCCGCCGCCGCCGCCGCCGCCGCCGCCUCAGUUGGAGGGACCAUUCCAGGACCUGGCCCGGGGGGUGGACAAGGUCCAGGAGAGAGUGGUGAAAGGAAACCUGCUAGAGGAGGGAGUCCAGACAGAGCCUGUGAACCCGGAAAGGGCCCCGCACUGGAAUUGGCAGGAACUGGAAGCAGGGGAGGUACGAGAGAGCUUCUACCCUGUGGUCCAGGGACUCAGCUCCAGCCCGAGCCCAAGACCUCAGACCAGGCUCAGCCUCCUGGUGUCUCUGGAGCACAACUACAGCAAGCCCCCUCAGUGCCUCCACCCCCUGCCGGCAGUGGGGCACGCACAAGUGUCCCAUCACCAGCCCGCACCGGCGCACUCCCACCAGCCGUAGGGAGACUGAGCAGUGAAAAGCUGCAUCCCAUCAGGGCAGCAGCCACAGUGGCCUCUCUUACCCACCCACAAGGGCCCAGUAAUUGCAGACAGGAGAAAGCGGCUUCUACUCCGAUGGAUUCUGCUCUCCUCUCUGGUGCCUCACCUGUUCGUUUUGCAGCUGAUGGUACAGUUGAGCCCAGAGCAGGUUCUAGUAAGAAUACACCAGACCCUUCAGCCUCAGCGGAGCCAACUGCUAGUACAUCAGUGGAGAUGACUCCCUCUCCUUUAACAUCUUUAUUAACAACAGCCGCUUUAGAAAAGCUCCCUGUGCCCCAGGUCAGUGUGACUGUAGCACCUGCUGGAUCAGCUCCAUCCUCGAGCACUUUGCCAGUAGCUUCUAGCCUUAAAACCCCAGGAAUUUCUUCAAAUAUGAAUGGACCCAUUUCAAGGCCAAGCUCUAGUAUCCCUGCGAAUAAUCCUUUGGUCACUCAGCUGCUUCAGGGCAAAGAUGUUCCCAUGGAGCAAAUUCUGCCUAAACCUCUCACCAAAGUUGAAAUGAAAACUGUUCCACUGACCACAAGAGAGGAGCCAGGGGGAGGAGCCCUCACAGGCACCAACGCGACAGAGAACAGCAGAGAGGAAGCUAGUGAGAGACAGUCUCGCCCGGCUCUGCAGCCGCUGGGUAAAUCCUUGCAAAGUAAGCAGCUCCCCCAGAUUCCAAGAUCCCUUCAGCUCUUGUCAGGGAAGGAUCUGAGGGACUCUAACAUUGACACACACCAGUACCAGGAAGGACUAAGUAAAGCCACCCAGGAUCAGAUUCUUCAGACUCUCAUCCAGAGGGUUCGGAGGCAGAAUGUUCUUCCGUUCGUGCAGCCCUCGCAGUUCAGCUUCACUCACUCAGGUUUCCAGAUAGAAGAUAUCUCCACAAGCCAGAGGUUCAUGUUGGGUUUUGCUGGCAGAAGGACAUCAAAGCCUGCGAUGGCAGGUCACUACUUACUUAACAUUUCCACCUAUGGCCGAGGUUCAGAGAGCUUUAGGAGGACCCAUUCUGUAAACCCUGAAGACCGUUUUUGUCUAAGUAGCCCCACUGAGGCCUUGAAAGUGGGAUAUACAGACGGUAAAAAUGCAGCAGGAGAUAGUAGCAGCGGCAAAGAAGAAGAUACUGAUGAGGAAAGUACUGGUGAUGAGCAAGAACCCAUCGUGGUGAAGGAGGAGCCCCAGGCUCCCCAAGGUUCUGGCAAGUGUGAAGCAAGUUCAGGACCCCACACUAGAGAGACCCCUUCUACCAAUGAUUGUUUAGCAAAAAAGAACGUGAAGGCAGAGACACCAGUGCAUGAGCAAACCACAUUAAGCAAGGAGAAUUACCUGUUCCCUAGAGGCCAAACGUUUGAUGAAAAAACCCUAGCCAGAGAUUUUAUUCAGGCAGCACAGAAACAAAUGGCUCAUGCAGUGAGAGGGAAGACGAUGUGCAGCAGCCCUGAGCUUUUCAGUUCUGCUGCUCUCCCCCUAACUGCAGACAGUCCCACCCAUCAGCCUCUCCUCCUCCCACCACUGCAAACCCCAAAGCUGUAUGGAAGCCCCACACAGAUUGGGCCAAGCUACAGAGGCAUGAUCAAUGUCUCCACCUCGUCUGACAUGGACCCUAACUCUGCUGUACCGGGGAUGCCUGACUGUAGCCAGGUGUCUAGCAACGUAGGUGAUGUCAUGUCCUUUUCAGUGACUGUCACUACUAUCCCUGCUAGCCAAGCUAUGAAUCCCAGCAGCCAUGGCCAGACCAUUCCUGUUCAGGCCUUUCCUGAAGAGAACAGCAUAGAGGACACACCUUCGAAAUGUUACUGCCGAUUAAAAGCCAUGAUCAUGUGCAAGGGAUGUGGAGCGUUCUGCCACGAUGAUUGCAUUGGCCCCUCUAAACUUUGUGUCUCCUGCCUUGUCGUUCGGUAAUGAGACUAGAAAGAACACGCUGUAAAGGAGGCAGGAAGGGAAGGGUUGACGAGAUGUGUUUUUUGCGUCCUUUUGGAAUCACAGAAAUAAAUUAAGUAGGUUUCAGUUGUCUUAAGAGACAAAUGUUACUUAAAUCAGGAAUACAGAGUGCAGAUUUUACAUUUUAGAGGAAGAGCACCUUGUAUAGUAAGUCUAGGUCAAGCAAGACUUUGUGAAUUUGUGACAAGUUUGCACUUACAAAAUCAUGUAAAUAUGUCACAUUUUGUUUUAACAUUGUUUUUCCAAGUGUUUAGGUAAUAAUGUGUUACUUUAAAUCCAGAUUUAUGUUCCGCUUCACAUGACUCUGAGAAAACUUUAAUGCCAUGCAUGGUUACAGGAAGCUUUCUCUCUUCUGUCCUUUCCUAAGUGUCCAGGAAAAGAAAGGAGUUGAAGGAAUGGUCUGGAGAAAUGACCGUUCAAGCUGAUUAUGUCAUAACAGUCUGACUGCAGGCUUUACAUAGAUAAUUCAAACCUUUGCAGGAUCUGGAGUCACGGUUUGCUCAGUCCCUUUACCUUAGGCAGAACCUUCUUAAGUACAAAUUUUUGAUAAGGAAUUAAUUUCACAGGUAGUAUUUCAGACUCCAAAAGCUUUGACCUGGUUCUUGGCUUCCACAAACCCGUGCUGUUGCCAGGCUCUCUGCUUGCGGUUUGUGGACCCCUGCCCUCAAGUCCUAAUACCCUGCCCUGAGACCCUGAAUGUGGCCCACAGAGGGAUGCUUCUCUGGGCCCCUGCUAUUGUUACUGUCACCGGUGCAGGGCAGCAAUUAUGGCAAUAACAUCCAAGUACUUUGUCAGUUGUGGGAGCUUACAAACAGGUGGGAAAUACUGGGACAAAAGUAACAAAAAUGUCAAUGAUGGGGUGAUUUCAACUAUGUGUUUUGUUGGGUAAGGGAGUAAAAGUGCAGAAGUUGUUAGACUGAACAUAUAGAACUUUGGAAAAUGGUUUUAACACUAGAAGCAAGGUAGCCUUUCUUUUCUUCUUCUUGCCCAUCCCGUUCCCUGAUGUUCUGUAGUCUGCUGUUGCUGCAGGAAGAAAAGCUCUUGGCUGUCACGUCUGCCCAUUCUGUUAAGCCUGUUUGGACCUCCCAGGCACUUGAGGAGUAUGGAGGAAACUUAUUUUAUAUUACUCUGAACACAGUAUGUACACAUACGGUGAAAGUUAGACACUUCCUGUUUUAGGAAACAUGUCCUCUGUUUCGGAUUACUGCUAUCUAUGCACUAGAAAUUUCUAACAUAAAGGGGCUUCAGUAAAUGGCUAAGGAAUAUCUAGAAAGGAGAAAUAAGCUUCAAAGUUUUGUUAUUUGUUUUAUUUUUUUUCCUUUUCUAUUAUUUUUUUUAAAUAUUGUCUCCAGUGACUGAAGAGUUUUUGAGUACAUAUAUUUAGGACAUGGUUAAAGAACAUUAAAAUAAAUCUACAGUUUACCAAAAUUUGGUUUUGAAGAAUUGGGUAUUGCCAAUGUGCAUCAUUUGCAUAUUGAUUUUAAGUUUCCUAAUUUCAAGUAUGUAAAGUAAAAUAUUGCUGCAACCUAGUACACUUGUGGCUGUACUUAGUAUUCAGGAUGUGAUACUUACCAUAUGCAGAACAGUGUAAACUUAUUAAGUCACAUUCCAGAUUAGGAGAAAGUAGACAGUAAUACUCUUUGCUCUUCCCCAUUCUGUUACCCAUUCCCCUCCCUGCCCCACAACGUACAUGCUUGUAACACUUUUGAACCCCAUAAGAAACCUACUACUACACUAUUUUUCAGUUUUUACUUUUUGCGGCCCAAAGCAAAUAUAGGAUUAAUUUCUGUGUUCUAGUUUCAUCCGAAACAAUAGGAUAUCCUCCUAACUUCCCUUUUUCUUCAUAGCUUAAAAAUAUGAAGGCUGCAAGGAUCCAGGGGUAAGGAUUAAGUUCUCCAGCCAAGAUCCAGUAGGAAACAGAAACCAUGGUUCUGUUCCCCAAACUUUCAGUACCCUGGACAGCCCAAGGGAGGGGUUAAAAGCACCCAAUGCUGGCUGCUGACUCUCCAUGCUUAGCUUCUUCACACCAGGACUGAGGGCUGGUCUGUGUGCUGGAAGUGCCUGAAUGUUUCAGCACGGACCCCGUGCUAAAUGUUAAUUACCAAUUUGGAUUGAUCAAAGUGAGUUUUCUUCUUUGCACCUUUGCUGUCAUAGAAAGUCUCUCCUCCAUGGUUCCCCUAAUCUGAGGUUGGACAAACUAACCAGGAAAGGAGGAAAGGUAUCAGGGAUUUUCAAGUCCAUUUGGAGAGCAGACCAUAUCGUGCCUCUUCAUCUUGUCCAGGCUCUUGCAGAUCGGCCCCAAGCAUUAUUAUCCCCCAGAUUCUCUUAACUAGUAAUACUCAGUUAAUAAUGCAUUUGCAUUUACAGAUGUCUCUAAAACAGAAUUUGUCAACUAGGUACACUGCCUCAAUCUUGACAAAAUGAGAGAAUAGAUUGCCUCAGGUUGGUAGUAGAUUAAAUACAACCGAUUUGUCAGUUUGUUUCAAAACAGUGGUUUCAGGUAGAAAGUCAUUUUAAGAGCUGAACAGAAAAACAACAACAAUCCAGACAUAUUCCUAUCUGGCUCUUUUGAAAAUGAAGCAGUAGGAGGAAGAAAAGUCUUUGUAUUGUUAGGAGCAUGGGACUCUAGUACCUUUAAAGCAGUUUUUAUCUUAGGUUUUCAGAGUUGCUUUACCGUAAUUUCCAUUCAAUCUGAGAGGUUGCGGAGAAAUGCUAAGCUUAUUGUUAUGGUAUGCAGUUGCACUAUUUCCAGUGACUAGUCGGGUAUUGUGCCUGAUGCUUAUGCCUCAAGGGUAUGCUUCUCGAGCCUUCAGAUACCUUCCUUUAUAGGUCACCUUGGGGAGAGAGUAUUAACAAUCAUCUCAGUCUUACUUAAUGAAUGUUCUAAGUUAUCUCAUAGACAAGACUCCCUGAAUCUUAAAAAAAAAUUCCCAUGAAAAUUCUCCAUCCUAUUAAACAGAAGAUAAAGCCAAAUAACCUGGAGUUGUUUGCCCUACAAUUCCUUAACCCCUAUGCUCAAGAUACUGAAACUAUAUGUAGUAUCCCAUGUAACAUUUCUAAGAUCUGGCAAAUGGGACAUUUUUCUUGGGGUAGGGGAAGCAUACUUGCAUGGACUGGGAAGGCACCGGAUGUGUGUGUUUCAGGAAUUCUCAGAUUUAAAUAAAUAGCCAAAGGAAGACCUCAUUGCCUUCUGGGUGAAGGUGUAAAUUCAUACGUAUUAAUGACUUGACAGUUACCAUCCUAAUUACUUAUUAAUUGCCUUUCUCUACCUUAGAGCCCUUAAAGAACUCUUAGGUGAAAUGAUUUGUUAUAACAAGGGGGUCUUCUCUGGUCACUACACCACUAUUUAUUUCUAGAACUCACUGUCCGUGAGCAGUGCCAGGGUUUUCUCUGUGACCUAGAGGUUUCACUUUCACAGCAAGGAGGGAAAAGUCCCUGUUGCAUUAAACAGCGUGCUAAGUAAAAAACUUGGCCAGUGGUAGCUUUCAGCUGAAUUUGUAGAAUAGUCCAAAGAGACUCUGAGAAACAUGAUGAUAGGCAGGGAUCUUUCCUACCAUGUUUCAAUACCUACAUACCUAUUGAAAGGGAACAAUAGGUAAAACAUUUCCUAAAGUUGAAGUAAGAGCUUCAUAGAUUCUUGGUUACUUUAUUUUUUUUAAUGCUUUACAUUUGAUACAACUAUUAAAGAUCAAUUUUAAAAAUAGCUUUCCAGUAAUAUAUUUUAAGUAAUAUAUAUUUUAAUAUCUAUGUAAAAAGUGACAGUGGAAGACUUUGAAUUUCUCAUAUGUGGUAUGUUUAAUGUAGGACCUCACUGUUAAGGCACAAAUUAUUACAAAGGAAGUUACUCUAAAGACACUCAGAUUAUUUCCGAGAAAUGCAAUAAGGGGAAUAGUUUUGAAGUUUAUUUUUUAUUUUAAAAGAAAAUCAACUUAUUUACCACAAGCUAUUUUUUUUCCUUCUGGCUUAUAAGGUUUGUACAGACUGGUUUGGUAAAUGCUAAACUUUUGUGUCUUUUGCCUUUUUAAAGGAAUUGUUAACAUUGGAAUUGAGGGUAUGUACAGAGAAGUUGGUGUCAACACCAUUUAAAAAGUCAUAUUUUUUCACAAAUAUAAAAAAAUCAUUUUACAUAAGAAUUUUA